CAUUCCCUUUUCUGCUGGUGUCUCUCUCUCUUUUGGCUUUUUUAUUCUGUUGUGUCUCCACCAUGUUGGGAUGGCUACUUCUCCGGACUUUGCUGGUCCUUUGGCUGGCACAUAGUGCGCACCUGAAGAACAAUGGAAAUGGUGGGGGUGUUGGAAGGAUGUUGAUGCCAUCCAAUGGAUAUGGAUACAAGGGAAAUGGUUACAGUGCUGGAGCCGGAGUGCCCAAUGGAAACGGUGCCAAACCCAAUGGUUAUGGUGCUCCUGCAGCUAUGUCCAAUGGAAAUGGUGCUAAACUCAAUGGUUAUUAUGGUGCUCCUGCAGCUGUGCCUAAUGGAAAUGGUGCUAAACCCAAUGGAUAUGGUGCUCCAGCUGCUGUACCCUAUGGUCAAAGGUCAAAAGGCUAUAGUGCUCCAGCUGCUGUACCCAAUGGAAAUGGUCAAAAAUCAAAAGGUUAUGGUGCUCCUGCAGCUGUGCCUAAUGGAAAUGGUGCUAAGGCCAAUGGUUAUGGUGCCGCUGUGCCUAAUGGCAAUGGACAAGGAGCUAAACACAAUGGUUACGGUGCUACUCCAGCUGCUGUGACCAACGGACAAGGAGCUAAGCACAAUGGUCAAGGAGCUGGAGCUGGUGCACCUAAUGGACAUGGAGCUCCGAAUCCAAAUGCUGGCAUGAAAGGACCCAUGAAAGGAUACGGCAGACCACCUUUUGGUGCAGGUGCUUCUCUUGGAGUGGGGACUCGAAAGGGUCUGGGGGUACCUCAACUAGCUACAAACAGGAGGGGAGUGUAUGGCAGUAAUGGAUAUGGCUCACAGCCAAUGAAUGGCUACAGGCCAAAUGGUGCCUAUGCCAGGGCUGGUCUUGGCCUGGGUGGUGGCCUCUCGGCUGGAUACUCUAAUGGAGGAGGCCAAAAAAGACCCACGCAGGGUUACGGCGGUCCCAAUGGACAAGGUGUUAAACCCAAUGGUUAUGGUGCACCUGCAGCUGUGCCAAAUGGAAAUGGUGCGAAAAAAAACAAAGGCUAUGGUGCUGGAGCUGAUUUGCCAAAUGGACAAGGUGCCAAACCCAAUGGUUAUAGUGCUGGAGCUGGUGUACCCAAUGGACAAGGAGCUAAACCCAAUGGUUAUGGUGGUGUACCCAAUGGAUAUGGUCUCAGACCCAGUGGGUAUGGAUAUCCCAAUGGUGGGGCAAAGGCACCCAAACCAGGUUAUGGUGCUGGUGCUGGUGUGUCCAAUGGACAAGGAGCUAAUGGUUAUGGAAAUGGAUCACCUAAAAAUACUAAAGGUGUCGGAGCAGGUGCACCCAUUGGAGGAACUGAAGCGUCAAAUGGAGGAGCUAAAGCACCAAAUGGUGGGUAUGGUGUUCCUUCUGGUGUACCCAAUGGACAUUUGGCUAAAGUAGUCAAUACUGGUUAUGGUCCAGGAGCUGGUGUCCCCAUUGGCUUGGGUGCUAAACCCAAUGGUUACGGAGGAGGAACUGGUGUAAACGGAGGUGGUGCCCCCAAUGGCUAUGGUGCGAAACCCAAUGGUGAUGGUGCUGUUGCAGGAGGCUAUAAUCCUGUUGCUGCUGGCUAUGGAUAUGGACCUGGAGCAGGUGAAAAUCCUUUCGCAGGGAAACCCAAACAACAUAGUGGUUAUGGUCAAGGUGUCUACCAUGGAGCUGGUUAUGGAUAUGGCGCAGCUGCAAAUGGAAAUGGCUACGGUGCACCUGUAAUUGGUGUGCCUGCUGGUAUGGAGGGAAAAUCAGGUGGGGUUGGUGCAGGACUUGGAGAGCCUGCAAAUGGUGGCAAAUAUGGUGUUUCCGGACCUUAUGGCGGAGCUCCAAUCAUUCCUGCUGGACUGGAUGGAACAAGUCAGUUUGAACCUCAACCCGCUGGCCUACGCCUGAUGGGAAAUCAGGUGUAAUAUAUGGUGGAUUGGGUGGGCCAUAUGGUGGUCAGCCCCUCGGAAUGGGCCCAGAGGCAACAUCUCAGACCAAAUAUGG